AUGCCUCCCAAGAAAGAGGUCGUAGCGGGUGAGGCUCUGCUCUCUGGCUUCUUGGACAAAGAGACCAAGCUGUUGGCCGCGGCCUUCCUUAGUUCAACUGCUCCUGACAAGUUCGAUUACGAUAUGAUGGCUAGGCUUACAGGCAACACUGCUGGCUCUCUCAAGAAGAUGUGGCCCCCGGUCAAGAAGAAGGCUCUCGAGGCCCAUCCCUCGUUCGCCGCCUACUUGGGACAAGCCGGUGUCGCCGCCGCUGCUUCUGCCGGUGGUGAUUCCAAGCCUGCUGCCGCCGCCAAGGUCACUAAGAAGCGCAAGGCUGCUUCCGAGGUCCCUGAAGAUGCUGAGGAUGGCGCCGAGGAUAUCGCUCCUCCCGCUUCCGCCGCUGACAAGUCUGAGGCCGAGAAGUCCGACUCCAAGAAGAAAGCUCCCGCCGCGAAGAAGGAGAAGAAGGGCCCCACUAAGAAGCGCGUUCCCGUCAAGGGCCCGAACGCCCCAAAGAAGGCAGCCAAGAAGGAGCCCGCCUCUGAGGAAGAAGUCGUCAAGGACAAGUCCGCCGAGGACUCCGCCGACGGCGGCGACGGUCUCGGUGAGUAUUCCUACCUCAAAAACCUUGAGACCUGGUUGAACAAUACUGACAGUGAGUUAGGCGGCGAGAUGGAAGACGACAUCUAG